AACAAUGCCACUUCCUCAAUGCCCUAGACAACCCUUACGCCUCAUGAGUAAUGAACCUCAUGUUCAGAAAUCCACGGGAGAAUCGCGAGCUCUCUGAUACCACUCGAUUGGCACCAUCGACAGGUCGCGCACCCUCGCCACCCCGCUCCUCAUCGAGAGUCGCAGCUAUGGCCGCCAAAACCAUGACGAAGAAGGCCACGCCUAAGACAAAGACAGCUCUUCCGCCGCCAAAGCAGACACAGACUACUUUGGUCUCGAAGGAAUGGGGCGGCAAAACGCCAGCCAACAAUGGCAAGUACAAGCCCAAACCACAGGGCCCUGCCAACGGCAACAUCAUGGCUUUUUUCAAGAAGGCAGAAGACAUCAACAACCGCAUCUUCCUGCAAGAGAGAGGCUCAAAUCCCACAAUCGAGCUGGAAGGUACAGAGGAGGACGCAGGCUGGAGCGAUGAGGUUGCCAGUGGCGUUAUGACCUCUACGAUCGACGAUGAGACACGAUACAACGAGAAUGGCGGGAGCAACAAGAAGAGGAAGCUUAGCGAAGAACUUGCAGUUCCAGCCUGUUCUCCGCCUCCACCAGAGGCUGUGAAUGCUCCUGCUGCUGAAGCCUUGCCGAGCAAAGCGCCAAAGCUACCAAAGCUGCGGACGAAGUCUGGGCCAUUCGUGGAUGACUCAGAUGAUGAUGAAGAGGACGCAGAGUUGCUCCUCCCAAGACGAGGUACGAUUAAGCAGGAGCCAUCAGAAGAUUCGCCAUGUUCUAAACCACUGGAGGACCCAUCUCACGCAGAUAACGUCGAAUCGACAGUCGAUCACGCGCCAUCCCAGUUGAAGACCGAAGAAACAUCACAAUUUGGACGCGACGAGUUCGAAGAGGCCGAUCUCGAGGAUGACGAACUCCUCGAAGGAGAAGAAUACGACGAGCGGCGGUGGAUGAAAGAGCAGAGGAAGCUAGAGAUGGAUGCGACAGGUUUCGAGGGCGAUCCAGAAGACUUCGACGCCCCCUCGUUGUUCCCCGAAGGAUCGAUCGACGAGAACCCGAACGAUGAAGCGAACGACGCUACCGCACCUACAUGUCCAUUGUGCAACAGUAGCCUCAAAGGCUUGUCAGAACAAGAGAGCUUGGUGCAUGUCAAUGCAUGUCUGGACGAGAAGCCAAUACCACUACCUUUGCCAGUCAAGGUCGAACGAGACAGCACACCUACGCCAGUGACAAAUGCUAAAGCGUUCAAGCGGCCAGCAAGGCCGCCAAGAGAGGCGCAGGCGAAUCCGUUCCAGCUUGGAGGGAAGAAGGACACAGCAUCGACAUCGGCAUUUUCGAAGCUGAUGGCUGGUCACGCUGAAGAUGUUGCAUGGGCCACUGCGGCGGCCGCCAACAAUGCGGCAAGGGGCAAGCCCUCGUUCGAGCGCACAUGCCCUUUCUACAAGAUCAUGCCUGGUUUCUUCAUUGCUGUCGAUGCGUUCCGCUAUGGUGCAGUAAAGGGACAAAACGCCUACUUUCUCAGCCACUUCCAUAGCGAUCACUACAUCGGCCUGACCUCGUCCUGGUCACACGGCCCCAUCUAUUGCAGCAAGGUUACUGGCAAUCUUGUAAGGCAACAGCUGCGCGUCGAUCCGAAGUGGGUGGUAGAUUUGGACUUCGAGAAGAAGACCGAGAUACCUGGGACGGAAGGUGUACAUUGCACCAUGAUCUCAGCCAACCACUGCCCUGGCAGCUCUCUCUUCCUGUUCGAGAAGGAAAUCAGCAAAGGUUCAAAGCCCAAGCUCCAACGUGUGCUCCACUGUGGUGACUUCAGAGCAUGUCAGAUGCACAUCGAGCAUCCGCUCCUUCGACCAGAUGUCAUCGACGCAGUCAGUGGCGCGAGCAGACAGCAAAAGCUUGACGUAUGCUACCUCGACACAACCUAUCUCACACCAAAGUACGCAUUCCCGCCCCAGCAACAAGUCAUCCAAGCCUGUGCAGACAUGUGCGUGUCGCUCAAUAAGGUCCGCGCCGACGACACCGACGGCUGGGAGCAAAUGAAGCGCGAGCGCGCCGGCGCGGGCAUGACGAAAUUCGUUCACAAAAACUCCACCGAUAACCCCGAAGGACCACCUAGAUCACCAGACCGUGGCCGUCUCCUCGUCAUCGUAGGAACCUACAGUAUCGGUAAAGAGCGCAUCUGCGUCGGCAUCGCCAAAGCCCUCGGCUCGCUCAUCUACGCACCACCUAACAAACAGCGCAUAUGCUGCGCGCUCGAAGAUCCCGAGCUGAACGCACUGCUCACCACCGAUCCACGAAAGGGUCAAGUGCACAUGACACCUCUUUUCGAGAUUCGCGCCGAUACGCUCGACGACUACCUCCGCGACUACGCCGAUACAUUCUCCCGCGCUGUCGGUUUCCGACCCAGCGGCUGGAACUACCGGCCACCGAACUCUCGAUUCACCGACUCCCCUCUCGUGUCCACCGUUCUGCACUCGUCGAACUGGAAAUCUACAUUCAGCAUGAAAGACUUGACACCGCAACGCGGCAGCACAAGUCGAUCGUCCUGCUUUGGCGUACCGUACUCUGAACAUAGCAGCUUCAGGGAGCUGACAAUGUUCUGCUGUGCGCUCAACAUUGAUAAGAUCAUCCCUACCGUCAAUGUCGGGAGUGCGAAGAGCAGGGAGAGGAUGAAGGGGUGGUGCGAGAAGUGGGCAGUAGAGAAGAAAAAAAACGGUUUAUUCAAGUUGGGCGAGGAGGGCUGGUCUUGAUUUAGGCUGUGUGCUACUUGUGAUGCCGAGGUUGGAGAAAACAAUAC